AACUUCGAAUCCCAUAUCCACAGCGGCGUCUUGAUACACGCCCCCUCUUACUUAUAUCAUUCAAUAAUUUUCAUCAACGAAGAAAAAUGAGAGAGUGUAUUUCGAUUCACAUUGGCCAGGCCGGAAUUCAGGUCGGAAAUGCUUGUUGGGAACUUUACUGUCUCGAGCAUGGCAUUCAGCCUGAUGGCCAAAUGCCUAGUGACAAGACUGUUGGUGGAGGAGACGAUGCUUUCAACACCUUUUUCAGCGAAACCGGUGCCGGAAAACACGUCCCUCGAGCUAUAUUUGUUGAUCUGGAGCCUACUGUUAUCGAUGAAGUGAGGACUGGAACAUACCGCCAACUGUUCCACCCUGAGCAACUCAUCAGUGGUAAAGAAGACGCUGCAAACAAUUUUGCUCGUGGCCAUUAUACAAUUGGAAAAGAGAUUGUUGACCUCUGCUUGGAUCGUAUCCGAAAGCUUGCUGAUAAUUGUACUGGGCUCCAAGGGUUCUUGGUUUUCAGUGCUGUUGGAGGUGGUACUGGUUCAGGUCUUGGGUCUCUUCUCCUUGAGCGUCUCUCUGUUGACUAUGGAAAGAAGUCGAAGCUUGGUUUCACUGUCUAUCCUUCACCUCAGGUUUCUACAUCUGUUGUAGAGCCUUACAACAGUGUGCUGUCCACACAUUCACUCCUUGAGCACACUGAUGUUUCUGUGCUUCUCGACAAUGAAGCGAUAUAUGACAUCUGCAGGCGUUCCCUUGACAUUGAACGGCCCACUUAUACCAAUCUUAACCGCCUCGUCUCUCAGGUUAUAUCAUCUCUUACCGCCUCUUUGAGGUUUGAUGGAGCCCUGAAUGUGGAUGUGACCGAGUUCCAGACAAACCUGGUCCCUUAUCCCAGGAUCCAUUUUAUGCUUUCCUCCUAUGCUCCUGUUAUUUCAGCUGCAAAAGCUUACCAUGAGCAAUUAUCUGUGGCUGAGAUCACCAACACUGCUUUUGAACCCUCUUCCAUGAUGGCCAAAUGUGAUCCACGCCACGGAAAGUACAUGGCUUGCUGUCUCAUGUACCGAGGUGAUGUUGUGCCCAAAGAUGUGAAUGCAGCUGUGGCUACCAUCAAGACCAAGCGCACAAUCCAAUUUGUCGAUUGGUGCCCCACCGGAUUUAAGUGUGGUAUCAACUACCAGCCACCAACUGUUGUUCCGGGUGGAGACCUUGCCGAGGUUCAGAGGGCAGUAUGCAUGAUCUCUAACUCUACCAGUGUUGCGGAAGUGUUUUCUCGCAUUGACCACAAAUUCGAUCUCAUGUAUGCCAAACGUGCCUUCGUGCACUGGUAUGUUGGUGAAGGCAUGGAAGAAGGAGAGUUCUCAGAGGCUCGUGAGGACCUUGCUGCCCUGGAAAAAGAUUAUGAGGAAGUUGGAGCUGACUCUGCCGAAGGAGAUGAAGAGGAUGAGGGAGAUGAGUACUGAGCGAAGGUCAGGGACGACUACACCUUUACGACUAUGAUGUUGCUUUGGAUUUUCAAUGUUUUUUUUUUUUUUUUUUGGUUUUGGCAACUUUGGGUGAUAUUUCCAGUUCAUGGUAUUUUCAAUAAACAAGUUUAUCAAGGCUUUUACUAUGCCAGGAACUCCAUUGAUUGAAUGUGGAAUGUUGAUUUCCUGCUUGGGUAUGGGAUUCCAACUUUGAUAAAAAUGUAUAUGUAUUUUAUUUAAAUAGUUUAUAUAUAUAUAUAUAUAUAAGGCUUUAGUAAAA